UAUUAAUUUAUAUUUGAGAAAAUUCCCGUUUUGAAUGAACAGCAUGUAAAAAUUUAUGAACGCGUCUGUGGGGUCGACCGCUGGAUGUAAUGGACUUGAGUCGAGGACGGGUUGAUAACGUUUUAAGUUUUACUUAACAAUAAAGGGCAGUGAGAUGUCAGGUCGCACUUUAAAUAAACAUAUAAUUACUUUUUGAUUGCAAAGUAUGCUAAGAAAACAUUCAUAUUCACCCCCCCCCCCCCACGCCCCCACUCGACUCGUAAUUGUUUCUUUUUCUCGCUACACGUCUUGAGUUUUUUUCCGGCUCCCUUUGUCAACCAAUCACUCGCUAGUAAACACCCUGUGUUCGAUUCUAAUUGGUUCCAGCUGAAUAAUCCGAGCGAAAAUGUAGUGCUUUUCGGGAACAAUAGAAAUGUCAGCUGCUUUGGAGUGGCCAAUCGCAUUCAGCUACACAUUCCAUUCUGCAUUUUAAUUGGAGGAGGACGCCACAAGUUUCUAUUCGCUGUGUGUAUUUGAUUUGAUUGUGGUUUGAAAUCAUAGUGUUUAUAGCCUUCAGUAAUGGCCAUGCAGGUGGUGGUGGUGAGGGUAUUGUUUACACUCUCAGUUGUGGGAACAGUGAGCCGUGCUGGUGACGCUUGUACUGACAGCGACAAGCGAAAACUGACGCUAUUUUUAAGAGGACGGGUUGGACACUCACGUCCCGGAGAAAACAAUUGUUAAAACCAGGAGUAACGCUGCUUUACAGCUAUAAGAAGAUAUCGAGACCUGCGAACCGUGUGUGUGUGUUCCUGGUGUCUACAGCUGACCCUGAGUCGUGGAGUCUGGCCCCAGUGUGGAGGCAGCUCAAUAAUGAAGAAAUUUAAGGAAUUACCAGUGGAAGGCGCUAUAUAAAAAUGAGCGAGAGGGGGAGUGGAGAGGGGUGAGAAGGGCGCGAGGUCCACAUCAGCACCACAACGCUUCUGGCCCCACGCUAUGGUCAUGGACGCCAAGACCCAUAAUUCGAACCCUCCUCCAGUGUAGUAAAGUGUCGUAGUAGUUGAGACGAAACCUGGAGCAGGACAGGGCUGAGUGAGGCCUGGGGUGGAGAACUUGGAUGCGGGGUGAGAGUUGUAGAGCGUGGCGCUCUGAAUGCGGACGGAGUCGAGGAGCUCGGUGCGGGACGAGAGCGUGGAAGUUCGAUGCUGCCGGAGUCUGGCCGUAUGCUCUGUGUCGAAGCUGAAGCGUCUUGUGAGGGUGGAGGAUGGGUCGAGUCGACUCACGAAGACAGCAGCAUCAAGAAGGGUGAGGGAGGUCCUAUCAAGCCCUGCAGCCGUCCCCCGAGGCCAGAUAACCUAGUGCCCCCUGACGGUGGGUGGGGCUGGGUGAUCGUGGCGGCCAACUGCAUCAUCACGUUCGUUAUGGGCAACAUAGCAACGGGCUUCAGCGUGCUCUAUGUCCACUUGAUCAACGCCGGCUACAGCAAUGUUGAAGUCUCGGGCAUUCCUGCACUCUUCAUGGGCCUUACCUGCGUGCUAGCUCCAUUAUCAGCGGGCCUGAGCCAUUUCUACAGUUACCGAUGCCUUGCCACAGUUGGUGUGACUAUUACCUCUCUGGCAAUUCUCUUGUGUUCAUUCAACAGAAGCCUUAUUUGGUUCUACAUUUGCUUUGGAGGGCUGGCAGGUUUUGGAAAUGCACUACUUAUGCCACAGGGCUUCCUAAUUGGCCAAAAAUACUUUAGUUACAAGAAAGUUACAGCAAAUGCACUCUCAAUGCUGGGUGGAUCUUUAGGAUUCAUGGCCAUGCCAACUUUGCUCAGUUAUCUUGUAGAAGUAUAUGCACUAGAAGGAGCUUUCAUGUUAUGGGCUGGAUUACUCCUUCAUGCAUUCAUUGGUGCUCUUUUGUUCCAACCAGUAGAGUGGCAUAUGAAACUUAAAAGAACAGCUGGCUUUCAAUCUGUAAAUGUAGAACAAAAUGGUGGGCAAAGUCAGUCAAGAAGUGAUAUUCUUGCAAGCAAAAUAGUUGUCGCUGGAAAGACAGAUGAUCAGAAUGUUGUUAAUGCCUAUGAGGAUGACAGUGUUAUCAAACAUUUAGCAUCAGAGAGAGAUGAAAGUGAUGAAAGUGACCAUGAAGACAUGCAUAUCACCCAGGAUUUGGCAUUGUGUAAUAGUGUGAAAAGUGAUUUAUCUGAUGCUUUAAAUCUGUGUAACGCUAGACAGUGGAAAAACCCGUUAACUGAUACUUUACAAACAAAUGAAUAUUUAGAGCGACCUCGAACUGUGAGCAUAGAGAGAAGUAUGGAAAUUCUUCCUCAGAUACCAGAAGAAAGUGAAGAUGAAGAUUGUUUUGAAACUUACGAUCAAGAGAUUGGUAAUGAACGGAUAGAAUUUCUAAAUAGAGAGAAUGAAGUUAGAAAUAGACCUGUGAGCUUUAUAAGUUCAAAGAGUGUUGACUCUUUCAUAACAGCUCCAUCUAGUGAGAGCAUUUUUGACUAUGAUGAUAUCAUAUAUCAGUUCGGCAGUGCCUUAUCACUUAAGACUGAGAAACUUAAAGAUAGAUUACAUGUUGAAAGAGAGAGAACCCAAAAGUGUAAUUUCUACAUAUCAAAUAUUUCUAGUACACAAUCUCAUAAGCCAUUUGUUAUUUGUGGAUUGAAGUUUCCAAAGUUAUUCGACAUGAUAAAUCUUCAUAUAUUAAGACAUCCAGUAUUCCUUAUAGCUGCCUUCAGCAUCAUGGUCAGCAGAAUGGUGUAUAUGUCCUUUGUGAACUACUUGCCGUCACUUUCAAUUGAGGUUGGUGUAGGAAGACAAACUCCCUAUCUCUACAUCAUCAUUGCCACAUUUGAACUUGCAGCCAAGAUAAUUUCAUCUUUAAUUUGUGAUCAGGGGGUGAUGCAGCGCCGAUACUUUGCCAUCAUUGCCUCUGUUAAUUCAGUCUUGGCAAACUUAACAAUAACAUUUGCCUGGAAUUUUUUGACACUGGGUGCAUGCUGUGCAUGGUACGGCUUCAGCGUAGGUACCUGUAUGUCCGUAGAACCAGUGUUGCUUGUGGAGCACUUAGGACUCAAGCUCUUGCCGCACUCCUUUGGGUUGAUGCUCUUCAUAAAUGGAAUUGGUGGUCUUCUACUAUUCCCCUUAACUGGUUGGCUGAGUGAUGUGGCAGGCAACUAUGUUAUUACAUACUAUUUCAUUGGAGGCAUUUCAUUAGUUCCUGGUCUUCUGUGGACUUCAGUACCCUGUUUUACAAAGCUCAUUGAUAUUCCUUCAAAAUCCCCCACUGAUAAUGUUUAGGGCAUUGGUUAUAAUUUCUAAGAGUGGCAAAUUAAACAAGCUUACAGUUUUGAAGGCAGUUACUUCACAAAUGUUAACAUACGUCCAUUGGAUAUGCAGCACAUAAGUUAUAUAUAUAAAACAAAUGUCAAAAAACAAAAACAAAAUAAGUGUACAGUUAAGUACUGUACUUACAAUGCUCUAUCUGGGUAUUUAAGCAGAUUGAUCAUUUCGUUUUAACAGAAAAAAACAUUAAUUUCUUUAUGAGCUUUUGGUGAAAUACUUCACAUUUUGUAAAUUCACUGCUUUUAGAGAUGUCAUUCCUCACAAAAGGCAGAGAAUAAGUAGUGCAUACAGUAGGGACAUGUACUGUAUAUGAAUGUUUAUACAGUAUAUGGUAUGUGUGUGGGAAGGGGGGUGGGGUGGGGUUGUAACAUUAUUGAAGUGUAGUUAUAAGAUGAAAGUUACUCUUGUGAUAUCCCAUCUUCCCUAUAAUCUGUCGUAUGACGUUUUGAAGCUUCCAACACCUUUGGCAUCCAUUAUCUUCUCAUUUAAUUUAUUUCAAGUGUCAAUAAUUCUGUUCCCAAAAAGAUAAUUUAUACAAAAAAAUUUGGUAAUUUUGAUUUCUUAGCUAGAAUCUAUGGCCUCCGGUUCUUGAAUUUGCAGGUUUAAAAAGAAAAACCUUCUUUGUAAAUUUGUUAAUGGCUAUCCUGAUUUUGUAUGUGAUCAUAUAACGUAUUCUGAGGGGAUCCCCAUCGGAUUGAACUGAUAUUAGCUAUAUUAGUCUGGGGCUUCACUCGUACAGAGAUCUAUGCCUACCAGGAACCACAAACCAGAACCUGGUUCCCUCAGAGAGGUGAAGGUAGCAAUGGCCUGUGAAAAUGCAAAACGCCACUCUUUGAGAGUAUAUUCGUGUCUGUCAUCGACUGGAGUUAAGUACCCAGAAAGGUAGGCACCCCAAAACAGAUUUCAGCUGGUAGAAAAGUUCAACCAAAGACCAAACAGAGCCCAGGAACUUCCCCCAAGAAAAUAAAGGUAACAAACAAAUCGUCAUCAACCCGAUGCUCUACUUAUUCGCACCAAACUUGGGGGCGUUGGUUGCUUCGAUCUUGGUUCAGUCUGUGCCCAUGAGUCCUUUCUCUGUUGGUGUGGUUCGCCCUGUUCCUCUUCCCUUGCUGCUGGCUCCCAAACGUCUGAGGGUUUCAGAGUCAGGGCGGGGUUUAAUUGGGAAUGAGACUCUGGCUGCUCCUGGGCUGUCCCAUUUGAUGUGGGGGACAGAAGCCAUUGAGCCUGAGCCUCCUGCUGAGGCUUCUGGGUCUUACCAGCAGACCCCCCCCCCCCCACCCCUUCUUUGAUUAUUUUUCCCUGGAAAGGAAAGGAUUCCUCCUUUGAUUGCCUUUUCAAGGGUGGAGGGCAUGGAGGUCGGCUCUGCCCCAGAGCCUGGUUUUGAGGCUUCUGGGACUGGGGUGCUUGGGCCCCUUUUGAUCCUGCCUGGGGUGCUUGGGCCCCUUUUGAUCCUGCCUGGGGUGCUUGGGCCCCUUUUGAUCCUGCCUGGGCCCCUUUUGAUCCUGCCUGGGCCUUGGUGCCUUCAGGGUUUGCUGUUGCAGGGUUCAGGGUUUUCAUAUCCUCCUUUCCUGUACGAGUUUGAUAUUGGUUCGGCUCCUCCCCAGGAUCAUUUCCGGAUUCCUUUGGGUUCCGCAGCUUUGUCUUUCCGCAGGUUUUCCACCUCUUGGAUUUCUCCUGCAGAGGUUUGGGAGGCCCUUGGUGCAUACCUCCUGCAAGACCUGAACUUUGCCUUUGUGAUGGGCCCCGUUCUCUUUUGAGUUCGGUUCUUCUUCCCCAUAUUGAGUGUGCUAUGAGGUUCUGGCGUCUUCCUGGCUUGCAGACUGUCCUUUCUUUUCGCUUGGGGUAUGGCAAAGGUUCACACUUGAUUGGCGGGAGCUUACUAUGGUAUUGCAGGUUUACCUGCGUGGGUGCUUUUGAGCAGCUCAAUGCGUGCCUUUACGCCCCUGUGCUUCUUUGUGAGGUUGGCUUGCUCCAGUUGUAUGCCAAGGUCCCAUCCCUUUUGGCUGCCUUGGCUGCGGAGGAUCAUCGUGCUCCUUGGGCUCUGCGGGUAUCUAGCCUUGGUCCUGCACUCUUUUUCCCUUCUCGAGCUAUCCUCGGACUGGCAUCUGGAGGAUGUGGAGGUGCCGAGUGCUGGGCUGUCGUCUGGGGCGUUGGCAUCAACAGUUAGGGCAUCGGCAGCAUUGCUGAAACUGUAUGAGCUUAUCCUCCGGGAGGUGGUGUCCGUUUUUAGCUUUGUGUCUCAAGUAUUGGCAGGUCAUCCUUGCUCUUUCUUGAUUCGGCCUAGGCCCUGGCUCUUAGGUUUUUGUCUCCUUUCUGUCCGUUAUUGUUUUCAGACUCGAUUGUUUCUCAGUUUUUGCAGGCAGCUUCUGCUAGUUGCCUUUCUUGUUGACCAAACCCCCGCACACUAGAAAGUGAAGAGACGACAACGUUUCGGUCCAUCCUGGACCAUUAUCAAGUCGAUUGCCUUUCUUUUUCUAAUUUGUUGGUGAUCCAGGGUGGGCAUUCUCUAGUUUCCCGAGAAGGUUAUGUCAGAGUUCAGGUCUCUGCAGGUCGAGGUAGGCCCUUGGUGCUAGGUUCUGUGCUGGUGUCUCCUCCGGAACCAUCUUCGCCUGGUUGGCGCGGUGUUCCCUCUGCACAUAAGUCGGCUUCUCAGAAGGGGCGCCGGCCCUUUCACAAGUCACCCCAUUGACAGGGAGCUGGGGAAGAGGAUGGCUCUGUUUGCCCACGCUUGGUCCCAUGAUUUGUGAGCGUUUCAGAGUGUGUCCCUCCAGCCCGUGGUGGUGUUGGUGGCUCCUCCUCCUCUCGGAGAAUCGGAGUUGGCAGGGCAGGCUUCUUCCCCCUUCACUUCAUCAGGUCAUCCUGGAGAGGGUACACUUGGGCAUGGUCAAGACGACUUCAUCCCUCAAGUGAGUUUUUCGCUUGUUUCCAGUACCAAAACGGGACUGUGUGGAUCUUCGGCUGAUUCUGGACUUGUCCCGUCUGAACCGCUGGACUCUUUGCCCCUCCUUUCAGAUGACUGCUCUCUCCCAGGUCCAGCUUCUCUUGGAGCCGGGUUCGAGGAUUGUGUGUGGGAAUCUUCGAGAUGUGUAUUGGCAUGUUCCCAUUCAUCCGGGGAUCAGGAACUGGUUAGGCUUUAUGGUGGGGCGGCAAUCUUACUGCUUUCGUUGCCUUCCCUUCGGACUGAAUCUGGUGCCUCGCAUUUUCACGCGUCUUACCUGGGUCGUGGUGGCCCAUCUGCCUCUUCUAGGUGUUCAGGUCUUGGCCUACCUCGACGACUGAUUGGUAUGGGCUUCCAGCUAGUCCACUUGUUUGCUCGCCAGGGAUUUGGCUCUUUCCCAGCUCGCUGGGUUUGGGUUCUUAGUGAACUGGAGGAAGUCCCAUUUGGUUCCAUCCUAGUUUCGAGCUUGGCUGGGUCUUGUCUGGGAUUCUCGGACAGCGUUUGUGUCACUCUCUCCUGCUUAAUUUUUAGCUUUGCUUGGUCGGUGUCCGAACCCGGGGCGUUUUCUGCCGCUCCGCCUCUUUUAGAAUACAGGCAUACCUCAGUUUAAGAGUUUAAUUGGUUCCUGGAGACGCCUCGUAUUCCAAAAACUCGCAUUCCGAAGCUAAUUUCCCCAUAAGAAAUAACGGGAAAUGAAUUAAUCCGUUCCUGA